AGAAGGUUGUAUGUAAGCCAUGAGUGGGGGAAUCCCAUAUCUCGGCAGUAAAAUUAGCCUUAUAUCGAAGGCUGGAAUACGUUAUGAAGGCAUUUUAUACACCAUUGAUCCGAACGAAUCUACAGUCGCUCUUGCUAAAGUUAGAUCCUUCGGAACAGAAGAUCGUCCUACUGAUCGACCUGUAGCACCAAGAGAUGAGAUAUUUGAGUAUAUCAUAUUCCGUGGGAGUGAUAUCAAGGAUCUGCAUGUGUGUGAGCCCCCAAAACCUCAACCAUUGCAACCAUUGCCUCAGGACCCAGCUAUUGUAAAGUCAUCUCAGCCCACCCCCGGUGGCUCUUUCCAGCAGCAAAGUUCAGGAUUUGGUGGAAAUGCCUCAAGUUCAUACCAGCCUUUCAGUGGUCCAUCAUUGUAUGGUGGUCAGUAUGGCGGAGCACCUGGAAACCAACAAGGGUAUGGAGGACCUUUGCCCUCAGGAGGGCAACCAGGUGGGUCCCGGGGGCCAUCCCCUUCUCUUACUCGUGUUUCCCCUACCAUGGAUCAGGGCAUACAAGUAGGCCCAGGCCCGGCUCAACAGAAGCGUCUUGGUUCUCGAGGUUCAACACCACCUCCCAAUAGAAAAUCGCCUACGUCAGACCAAGGAACACAGGCUGAACCUCCCAGUGUACCUGAUACCAGUAAACCUCCCCCAGGUCAUCAUCCGCCCGCACAACAACAACAACAAUAUCGGCAGCAAAAUGAUGAUAGGAGACGUCCACCCCAGCAGCAUAGAGACCGAGGAUGGGAAAGAAAAGAUAUGCAGGAGAGAAGUUACGAAAGACGUGAUCAGUAUGACAGACGUGACCAUCAAGAUCACAGACCUGUAUCUGCUAGCUAUGCAAGGGGUAGAGGCAAUAACAGAGGAGGUUCAGGUUUUCGAGGAGGAUCAGAAAGAGGUCGUGGAAGAGGUGCACCUAGAGGUCAGUCAGUUAGGGGUCGAGGCUCAGGGAGACCUCAUGAACCAAUCAAAUUUGAAGGGGAGUUUGAUUUUGAAAGCUCCAAUGCUCAAUUUGACAAAGAGGAAAUUGAACGAGAGCUAAAGCAAAAAUUAACGCUAGGUGAAGAUACCAGUAAAGUAAAUGGUGAAAAAGCUGUUGAAAAUGGAGAGGGAGGAGGAGGUGGUGGUGGUGAAGAAGAUGAUGAGUGCUUCUAUGACAAAUCCAAAUCUUUCUUUGACAAUAUUAGCUGUGAGGCAACAGACAGAGCCAAAGGAAAACAGUCUCGGCCAAGCUGGAAAGAAGAAAGAAAAUUAAAUGUAGAAACAUUUGGUACAAGUGACCCGCGACGGGGCUUUCGUGGACGAGGUGGUUUCCGUGGCAAUAGAGGUUAUAAUAAUUACAAUGGUUAUAGAGGUCGUGGACGGGGAGGCGGUGGUGGAUAUAGAGGUCGUGGAGGAUAUAAUGGGGGUCGAGGUGGAAACAGCGGAGCUAGAAGAAGUCAAGCCUGGGUAGACUAUGAGUAUCAUUAUGAUGAUAGUAGAAGACCUCAAAGUGGGGAAAAGUCAAUGAACAAACAACAGCAGCCAAACAGACCGACAGGAAAGGCAGAAUCAUAGUCACUGGAAUACACAGCUACACUAUUGUGCUGAAAACAAAAUUUGGUCGACAUAGAAUAUUAACGCUGAUCUCUUUCUAAACAUGUUCUAUGAUCACCACUCAACAUUUGUCCAAAUUUAGAAAACUCCAAUGAUGUCAAUGUAAAACAUAAUUAUAGAUAAAACUGUAUUUGUUGGAAACAAGGACAAAGUGAAGCAAUUGGGACUUUAAAAUCUUGUAUUUUUCGACAACAAACAUGAGAAAAAUGUUGUUUGAAAAACAUUAAAUAAGACAAUUUGUACGAGUUAAUUGUGUUGUUGUGUCACCUGAAUCAGUAUUUUAGUAAGUGUGACACAACAAACGUGUUUAUUUAUUUUUUUUAUGUUAUGUGAAUUAUAUGAUGUGUAUGACACAUGUGUUCAAGCUCAGAUUCAGCGGCUCAGUGUAAAUAUAUUUCACCGGACCUUACAGCAAUGUCUAGGGGAUGGAUAAGUGCUACUUAAUUUAUACAAAAGAAUUCAAAACUUUAGCAACUAUGGGAUAGUAUAAACUAAUUUUUAUUUUUGUUCCAUUUUCAUUAUUUACACAAUCUUUCUACAUGGUUUUGUAAUGAAACUGGUGCUCCUGAUCAAAGAAAUUGAUUAGGUUUUUCUUUCUGAUAAAAGUGUAACAUAUCAAGUCUGUUCAUGAAAUAUUAUUUUGACAGAAUCGUAUUAUGAUUGUUAAAUUGUUAAAAAAAAACUCAACAUAUUGAGACUUGAGUAUGAACAAGGUAUUUCCUAAAAAUCAAAAUGGUAAGGUCAGAUACUCAGUAAAAAUCAAAAUUUUAAUUUCCUUUAUACUUAAUUAUAGUGACCUGAUUUGUCUGUAGGUAUGAACUGGAUUAAACACACUGUUGUUAAAGUAGGCAUCAUUAGUCCAAAAUGUUAAAGUUAAUAUGUUGGGCAAGCCUAUUGCAGCUUACAAUGUCAAAAGAAUGACUUUUAGCAAAAAGCAAAUUACAAAAAAAUGUCUCACUAUCUUGCCUUUUAAGCUUAAAUAGUUGAUCAUAAUACAAGUGUAAUUGCAUGCCCAAUCAUUUGUAAACAAUAUUAACAGUUUAUUAGAUGAAUUUGAAUAAAGUUAAACAACAGCCACCAAUGCUUAUUCACCAUAUCUGUGACAUAAGUGGUUUACAGAUUGGUUCUGGAUUUUUCUAACAGGGUGUUCACUAGCCAUGAAAUCCUGAGGGUCAUUUUGACUACGUUUUACCGACUACAAGGUCAAAUUGCCAUGAUUUUAACAAAAUUUGACCCUCCAGUUAAAAUCCUGAGGGUCAAAUAAGGCCUUUUGGAAAUUUGAUUGGUCAAAGAGUCAUUUCAAGGGUCAAACGGACACCCUGUUCUAAGGAAGCAUAUAAAUCAUAAAAAUGUUUGUGUUUUUGUUAAAAAAUUAUUUUUGGCAUAACAGUGAGUUUUUGUGUUUAACAUUAUCAAUAGACAUAUCGGGAGUAGAAAUAUCAGGAGCACCAGUUUGAAAUGGGGGAAUAUAUGACUUUGUGUUUAAUUUUACUGUUUAUCCAUGCUACACCUGUAAUACUUAGAUUGUUUUCCUGAUAAUUAUUGUUGAACAGGGUUAUUUUCUCAGCAAAAAAAAAAAAUGAGACCGCUUUAUUGUUUGUCAAAUGAGGGUCUAUUUGAAAAGUAUCUCAAGGCAGUUUUGUGAAUGUGUUGACUAAAGAAGUUUUAUAGAAUGAAGAAUGAGGUUGCCAGUGCUGAGAUACUUCUCUUUACUGCUGUUACAUAUAUAGAUGCAAAGGGAAAGUACUCUUUGGUAUAGUAAUAGAAAUGUUAUAUUGCUUCUCUCCCCUGUGUUAUUAUCCUAAAUUCGAAUUUUCCAUAUCUGAGAAGAGAGCUGAGCUUAAUCUGAGUGAAGAAGUUGAAAGAUAAACAAAAGUAUUAUUUCUGCAGAUCUGGUGAGGAGAUAAAAAAUUACCACAGUAAAUAUAUUUUGUAAAGGUUAAAGGUAAAAUGAAAUAGUGACAUAAAAAUACUUCCAUGUGGUAUACAAAUUAAAUUAUAAUGUAAAAUGAGAAUUACUGUCACAAGUUCUUGUUUGAGUGUAUGCAUCAAAAAAGAAGGAAUGCAGAAGUUCCCACAGUGAAUGUUUUUGUAAGAUGCACAUAGUUCACAAUAACAUGGUUCCAGCAUUUAUGUUGUUAGGAAACACCUUGUAUUGGAACAUGAAGUCCAAAAUAUAAAGAAUAAGCAAC